UACAUUUCUCACAAAGUGAUGAUCUGUAUCGUGACCCAGCACUUCAGUUGGAAUCGGUUUAUUUUAUUGUUAAUUGGCUUAUGGCCUUAUCACCAUUCGAAACUAAUUCAGCUGCAGAUAAUCUUGUGCCUUGGUAUUUUGAUUAGUUGUGUCGUGUAUCAACUUGCAGUAUUUAUUUCUGAAGAAUGUACUGUCGAUCUUAUCCUUAAGGUUAUCUCCAUGGUAUUAUUUUUUUCUAUGUAUGUAAUUGAAUACAACAGUUUCCGUGUUAACAGGCAAGCUAUAAAAUGGUCAUUGGAGCACCUUCAGCAUAUCUGUAACGAACUGAAAGACGAAAAAGAAAUCAAUAUUAUGAAGAAGUGCGGGAACAACGCGAAACGUUGUACGUUUCUAUUCAUAAUGUUUCAAGUGUUCAACAUAAUUGCUAUUAUAUCAUUGCCCUGUGUACUAUACAUUUUUGAUAUUGUCGUGCACAUAAAUGAGCAUCGUCUAAGUCGUGUGAUGCAGAUGUUUAUACCUAAGCACUUCGUCGGCCGAGAAAAUUAUUUCUAUCUAAUUAUGCUACAUUCGGGCUCAGCGAUUAUGAUAGGAGGGAUAAUGCUGAUUGCAUCAGUGACGUUGUGCAUAGCAUAUGUUAAACAUGCUUGUGGAAUGUUUAAAAUCGCCAGUUAUCGCAUCGAGAAGGCAAUAAAUACGCUGAAGAAUGUUAGUUUAAAGAAUGAGAUUGUAAUGUACAGACAAUUAAUUCAUGCCGUAGAUAUUCAUCGUAAAGCUAUAAAGUCCACUACACUUUUCUUUUCUGUCUUUCAACAAUCGCGUUUCGUCUUAAUAAUAAUUGGAGUAAUUACCUUAAGCCUGAAUCUUUAUGGAAUUUCUGAAGUUAUUUCGUUUGGACGCGAUAUUCAGGAUUUUAUAUUUCAUUUUCUAAUUGUAAUCGAUAUUUAUAUAUAUAUGUUUUGUUUUAACUAUGCUGGACAAGAAUUUAUGGAUCAUAAUAACCACAUAUUUACCACUGCAUACAAUGUUCAGUGGUAUAUAACACCAUUACAUGUACAGAAACUAAUAUUAUUCCUGUUGCAAAGAGGUAGCAAAACUGUCAGCCUUAGUUUUGGGACAGUCUUCACAUUGUCUUUAGAAUUAUUUGCAGUGUUGACAAAAGCAUCGAUAACCUACUUUACUGUUAUGUGCUCGAUGCAAGCGAUGUGAAAAUUUUUUAUCCAACAAUUGCAAUUGUGUUUGCAAUUUACAGUAGAGUAGGUGAGUAGAAAUACAUUUUUUGCAUGUGUUUGAUGGUUGAAUAAAAUUAUUGAAGAAAUAACAUUUCUUCUGUUUUCCAAGCAUAACGCAUUCGUGACGUAAGUAGAGAGAUAGACAUUAGUAGAUUUUUAUAUUAAAUAGAUUAUAUGUACAUAUAAUAUAUUAUACCUUUGAAACAUGAAGUAUCAUUUACCUUUGAAUGAUAUUAAUUUUAAUGAGUAGAUUUCGAACGUUUUUGUUUUUCGCGUUUAAAUCAGUAGAACAUCAGUCACACGAAGUUUGCACAGAUGAAAUAGUACAUAUGUAUCGUUAAUAACACUGAUAUUACUUUCCUGUAUAGUUCGCGUUGCUCUGUUUUAAUAAUCACAAAUUCACGGUUGCUUAAGUCUCGAUAACGAAUCUCUAUCUACUUUUUGCUUUAAAGAUUUCAUUUAUGGUAUUAUAAGAGCUAUAACGGGUAAACGUGUGAUA